GAGAUAUUCGCGUAUCCAAUGUUUCUUCAGAAAGAAGUUGCAGCCAUUUGUAAACCACAGUUUUUUUGCAUGGAUGUUGUCUGCAAGUACUGGCCAUAUGUCAGAACAGAAUUGUUGAAGCUUGGCCAGAUUACAAUCAUAUUUUAGCCAUGAAGCCCUUGUUAUCAGCGCUCCAUGCCAAAGCACACGGGAUCAAGUGUGAGAUAAAAUGGGCAGCAGGCAACCAGGAUGGUGCUGGUUCCACCUUGGGAGAAGAAGUGGAAAGGGUCAACUCCUUCCUUUCCAGGACAGCAAUAAACACCAAGUUCAUGAGCAAAGGAGCCCGCACAGACAUGUUGACAGUGCAGGCCAUGGAUUGGAAUAGGAGAAAGGUGGAAAACAUGUGCAACACCUUGUGCACAAGAUUUCGUAAGACACAAUUGAGUCUUCAGCGGGAGAGGCAGAGCCUAGAGACCAUGGAGACAGAGUUCUCUGCAGGGGAUGGAUCUGUGGAGCAGUGGGUCAGAGAUGUCCAAGACUGGGCUGAACAUGAGUCCCCCACAGACAAUAAUGAUUCUCUGUUGGAAGUGAGGAGGAGAAUUGAGGAGACAUCUUUGGGUUUAAGACAGCGUAGACUACGCCUUUAUAGCCAAACAGACAGCAACUGCGGACGUUCUGUGAUACGUGGCCGUGUGUGGAGGGAAAAGAAACAGCUGGAGGUCCUAGUGGCUCAACAUGACGAUCUGGUCCAACCCCAUCUGAAAAUUGGCCCCGUCACCGACAUGUUAGAGGCCGGCUACAUAUUUCCUUGGCAUUUACCCCCCAAUGAUGGCAUGGACUUUCUUUCCAAAAAAAAGAUCUUCGACAAGGUAAUGCACAUAAGAAGACUGAGGAGGAGCUGUUGAUACUUGCCACUGAAGUAAGGCAACACUGGGAGUUCCUCAAUGAAAGGAUGCAAUCCUUGCGUGACCUUUCUAUCAGCCCUACCAGUAACCAGUCCAGCCUCUCCCGAGAAGCCCUUCAAGGUCUUCAUGGAGGACUCAAUCGAAGGAGGUCUCAGCUGCAGUCUCAACUGGUCACAGUCAGGAAUAAAUACUUGCAAGUGAUUAAAGCAGGACUUGAUGGCUCUAUGUUGGACCUUAAUGAGGAAGAGGAAGAGGAGAAGGAAGAGGAGGAGCUGCUUGAGGAGCAAAAUGGAAGUGAUUUUGAGAGUGGCUCAGAUGAUGAGGACCUGCACUCCUCAGAAUAAAUGCAACUUGCCCUGUGUUUGUGUA